UCGUUCACUCGUUCAUUCAUCAGGAAGAGAUUUUCCAUCCAUAAACCGCCAUGGCCAGUCGGAGUUCGACAUGGGAAGGUCGGGAGCUGGAGUUCCUGGAGCUGCCGGUGGCGAGUCCUUCUGACAUCGAUGAAUUCCUUGAGGACGGACAUAGGUCCCCCGAGAGCCUAGCAGCCAGCGAGGGUCGCCGGACCGAGGUCUGGGAUGAAGAGGACGAGGAGAAUGAGGAUUCUUCCAGAACUGAAGAGAGCAAGAAUUUCUGGGAGACUCAGAAGCAACUCCUACAGGCAAUACUAUGCAGAAGCAGUCCGACGGAAUCGAGAAUAAGGAGCGCCAAGAGAGCAGCGCUGAAGGAGAUAGAGAUGGGGCCGGAACUGAGUUGUGAUUGCGGGAAGCAGACAACCACCCCAGGCAGCCGAUGCUGGAGUUGCCUGAUGGAGAAAUUGUCCGGCCGCCUCCAGAAGGCGGGUUUUAACAUUGCCAUCUGCAAGUCCAAGUGGAGAAGCUCCCCUUACAUACCUUCAGGAGAGCACACAUUCUUGGACGUGCUCGAGACAAAGUUGAAGAAAGGAGAGGUGAGAGUACUAAUCGAAUUGAACUUCAGGGCAGAGUUUGAGAUGGCAAGGGCAUCGGAGGAGUACAACGGCCUGGUCCAGCAGCUUCCGGAAGUAUUCGUCGGUAAAGUCGAGAGGCUGCAGUCGGUUAUCAGGAUAGUAUGCUCGGCGGCCAAGAAGUGCAUGAAGGAGAGGAGGAUGCACAUGGGACCGUGGCGGAAGGAGCGGUAUAUGCAAGCCAAGUGGCUUGGUCCGUGCGAGCGGAGAGCUCCUUUGCCUGCCUUGCCAGUCGGUCUCAACAACCGGCCUCGGCGGCCGAGGGCUUCCAUGUUGACGGUGGACUUGACGGAGAAGCUUGCAGGCAUGCAUCGCACUCCGGUGGAGGUGGUUUAAACAGGACUCUCAUACUCAUGCGAUAGAAUAUGAUGCUAUGGAUCCAAUCCAAUCCAACUAUGUGGAGAAGUCUGGUCCGAUGUUACUCGUGUCCUUGCGGCCCGUUUAAACGAGGAAUUUUCGGAUUCGAACUAGGAGAUCUGUUGAGGGUACUCCUGUUUGUAACACAGUAGCUUGUGUUGUCAAUGUAUGUACCUGGGUAUGUUUUGUCGAGAAGGUUCAAGAUUUUGGCUUAUAUGUUGAGAUCGAGAACGUCUAUAGGGCGGGAUGGGUAUAUAGUUUUCACAUAUAGCAAGAAAAUAAGUUGACCUGCGGGUGCCUUUUUUUUUUUUUUUUUUUUGUCUCGGUAGAUGAAAGGGCUGAAGCCCGACCAUCUACUGGAUAUUAUAUUCCUUUUGAUGGAGACUUGUUUUUCGAAGAGGAUGUCUAUGGGUUUGUUUCCUUUUAAAAAA